CGUGGGCCCCACUCUUGAAUUAUUAUUGAGUUACCGCCUUGCAAUUUCGAUUCAAACAUUGGUAAAUUCGGUAAGAUUCCGUGUAGAUGUACAACUUUUGAUACCGAUCGAAGUUUAUGAAAAGUUUUGUGAAACGGGUUUCUGGUUUGUGAAAAUAGUGAACAUUCCCUUGGAUUUUACCACAUAAUUUAAAUAAACGCUUUAAAAUGACUGUAGAGGAUAACACAGGGUCAGCUUUAGAAUUACGAAGGAGACAACUGAAGUCACAGCCUUCAACUCUCCACACACGACGACAACAAGCUGUAUGUGUCAGAAGAGCGUACAAAAGAUAUGGCACGAAGAAAAAUCCUUUUGUUAUUCUAGACGGUUUGAAUAUGACCGUACCAAAAGGGUCAAUAUACGGCUUACUAGGUGCCAGUGGCUGUGGUAAAACAACUUUAUUAAGUUGUAUAGUAGGUCGAAAAAGGUUAAAUUCCGGAGAAAUAUGGGUCCUGGGUGGCACGCCAGGUUCGAAAGGAAGUGGAGUUCCUGGUCCUAGAAUAGGAUACAUGCCUCAGGAAAUUGCAUUAUAUGGAGAAUUUUCCAUCCGUGAGACCCUUCUCUAUUUUGGUCGAAUCGCCGGUUUGACAAAGGAGAAAAUCGAGGAACGUUUGGAAUUUUUAGUAAGCUUCCUCAUGCUCCCAGAUGCGAACAGGUUGGUCAAAAUUUUGAGUGGAGGACAACAGCGACGUGUUUCGUUGGCUUCCGCCCUUCUUCACGAACCUGAAUUACUUAUUUUAGAUGAACCUACCGUAGGAGUCGAUCCACUACUCAGGCAAAACAUUUGGGAUCAUUUAGUGAAUAUUACGAAGGGCGGAAAUACCACAGUGAUCAUUACUACACAUUAUAUCGAUGAAACGAGACAAGCCAGCAUAAUUGGUUUAAUGAGAGGUGGUUACUUCUUAGCUGAAGAAUCACCGGAGAGACUUCUGGCUCAGUUUAAUGCAGAAACGUUAGAAGAUGUGUUUCUUAAACUCAGUGUUAUUCAGAAUAUGGGAAGGCGUAGGCGAUCGAGUAUAUUACAGGAAGUUACUGAAACCAUCCAGGUCCCAAGUGGGGUAGUUAAUGAAGCAGCAGUUUUGGAUGAAGAGGGCGAAAUAUCUGGAGAAUUCGGGGACAACGUCUCCAUGAGUAGCCGUGGUGGAAGGGUUUCUAUAACACCAGUUGUUAAAGAUACGGAACCUUCCAUGCCUGAAUUGCCCCCGGAAGAGCAAUCCCCUACAGAAUGUAUGGAUUAUUUUAAAGUUAUAAAAAUGCACCAUAUGCAGGCUCUUAUUUGGAAAAACUUUUUAUGGAUGUGGAGGAACAUCCCUGUGAUGUUGUUUAUAAUAGGAUUACCAGUAGCUCAAAUAAUACUUUUUUGUUUAUCAAUUGGACAUGAUCCAUACGACUUGCCAGUAUCUAUAGUAAAUUUUGAAUUAGAUCAGAAAGAAGAAUGUCAUAAAGGUAUUAGUUGCAACAGUACAAGGCUUAGCUGUAGUUAUUUAAACCACCCGUUUAAAUUCAGUGCCAAUUAUAAAAAAUUGCAGAAUUAUUUUGAUACAAUUAACGAAGCUAAAGAUUCUGUAAUAAGAGGUAAAUCAUGGGCCGUAAUUAUUGUCCCACAUAAUUACUCUGAUGCAUUAAGGGAACGCUUGGAAGCAUGGCGAUAUGCUAGCGAAUGGGAUAUCGAAUAUUCGAGUGUCGAAGUUUAUCAGGACAAAUCUAACGAAAACAUAGGUAACUUCUUGAAGGUGUACCUCUACGAAACUUUCCAGAAAUUUAUUCAGGAUUAUUUAAAGUCCUGCGAUAUAGACGAAAGGGUAGUCAGCUUGCCCAUAAGGAUAGAAGAACCAGUGUAUGGCUAUAGACAUCCCAAUUUUACAGAUUUUGCAGCACCUGGUAUUAUUCUGACGAUCAUUUUCUUCUUGGCUGUAGCUCUAACGUCAGGGGCCAUGUUGAUUGAACGCAACGAAGGCAGUUUAGAAAGGUCACUGGUCAUUGGCAUAAAUGGUAUCGAAAUUUUGUUUGCUCACGUUAUAACACAAUUUGUUGUGAUGGUUGGCCAAUCUAUUAUGGUUUUAAUUUUCUCUUUUGCCGUCUUCAAUUUAACUUUGAAUGGUAACAUAUUUUUAGUGGCACUUCUUACUAUGAUGACGGGACUUUGCGGAAUGUGCUUCGGUUUUGUGGUUUCUUGUGUUUGCGAUACUGAACGUACGGCUACCUAUAUGGCCAUGGGUAGUUUCUUACCAAUGGUGAUGUUAUGUGGAAUAAUUUGGCCUAUUGAAGGGAUGCAUCAAAUUUUGAGAAUUAUAUCUCUUUUCUUGCCAUUAACGAAAUCUACAGAAAGUUUAAGGAGUAUUUUGAUGCGUGGAUGGGGUUUUGCAGUGUCUUCAGUAUAUAUCGGAUUUAUUUCCACCGUUAUAUGGAUUGUCGUGUUUUUAACAUUUAGUGUACUAUUACUUAAGUUUAAAAAGGGAUAGAUGAAAUCCUAUAUUAUUAGAACUUUUAUAUCUGUGUAAAGUAAUUUAGGAAAUUGUGAUCAUUAAAAAAUUAUUGUUUUUUUA